UUUUGCUCAACGUUACAUUUUUUGGCUAAAUUAGCGCUCAUUUUUUUUUUAAUACGUCAUUUUAUGGCUCAUUUGCUAGCUCCCAACCCCACUACUUCACUGAAACUAUUCUUCUCAGAAUCCUCCAUUAAUGGUGUUAGAAACGCAAGUUGUUACAAUGGAAGAAGGAAACGACACCGUUUUGGCCAGUGCUGCGGCGGCACAGCGAGUAACAGCAGGUGUUCAACGUCAAGCGUAGUUUCUGCGGAAUUGCAGAUCGAGAAGCGAAAUGAAGAAGCGGAAGAAGGAGGAAGAAGAAGAAGAAUAAGCGUGGUUGAUGAUGAGAUUAAGUGUUUGGUGUGCGAGAAUGGGUGGAGAGUGAGGAGACUUGUGGAGAAGGAUGAGGAGAUCAGGAAUGCUGCGAAUGUUCAGGCUGAAGCUUUCCAUGUUCCGGUCUCGUUCUUCAAUCCAUUGUUCUUCCAGUUCUUUCAGGCAGAAGUGCUUUCUGGCCUCCUAUACAAGCUGAAAAACUCUCCUCGUGACAGGUAUGCUUGCCUGGUCGCUGAGGCAGCCACAAUCUGUUCAGAUUCAUCAAAGCAAAUUGUGGGUGUUGUAGAUGUGACUGCCUCUAGGGAUGGAAAUGUGCUUCAACUGCUCCCUCCUGAGGCACAAGAGUAUCUUUACAUCUCAGGAAUAGCUGUCUCCUCAAAUUUCAGGAGGAGGAAGGUAGCAACUGCGUUGUUGAAAGCUUGUGAUGUGCUAUCGGUUUUGUGGGGAUUUGAGUUUCUGGUCCUUAGAGCCUAUGAAGAAGAUUGGGGUGCUCGCAAAUUGUAUUCUAAAGCUGGUUAUGAAGUUGUGUAUAGAGAUCCGCCAUGGUUGUCUACUUGGAUUGGAAGGAAAUGUCGUGUUCUUAUGAUUAAGGCAUUAAGCAAACAAAAACUAAUUUGCAUAGACUCUGCUGAAUGAAAGGUAAACAAAACUCAGAGACACAAGUGUAACCAGUUGUGUAUAUAUACCAUGUAAUAAUAAUGUAUCAUUUCAUUUAA